AUGGCGGGCCGACCGCUUUUACGAGAGCUACGAUCCAGCAAUGAUACAAUAUGUCGAUCCUGCCGUCUGGCGAUACGACAACGACCUACACAACGAAUAGCGGCAGCAUAUAGUACCAAAUCCACAGCGAAACAGUACAUCGAUGAUGAUGCAACACGGAAACCUACCAAAUUCGAACUCAAACAGUACAUUGACCGAAUAAAAUCUCUUCGGAGCCCAAGCAAGGAUGAUAAAGAGUCGUUCAGCGUGCGAUUCUUUGAACAAAACGACAACAAAAGGACAGAGCUUUUUGGCGAAGAGGCUUUUGACGACUCACUCAAUGAAGUGGAUACAUCAGGCUUGAAGGAAGCUCUGUUGGAAAUCAAGGACGAUAUCGGCGGAAAAGACGAAAAGGCUGCUUUCCAAGAUGUGGUCGAUCAACUGGGCAACGAAUGGCAUAGAAUGAAGUCGGCAGAUGACCUAGAAAGAAUUAUUGCAAAGUUGGAUGCAUAUACCGCUGCGAUCGAUAAAGAAAUCGACAAAACUGGUGCAGAUUUACCAAAGGAGCUGUUGGAGAAAUUGGAUACAGAACUUCCAGGACUGCCCGGCCUUGGAUCUCUUGGUUCUCGAGUAACGUUCCCUCAAAUUCCAGAGAAGCCGUGGACGAACAACCAACGGAGGAAGAUCGCUCGUCUCAACACUGUUCUAUCUCAAGUCGCCAGGAAUUAUCGCAGGGGUAUCAAGCUUAAUACCAAGACAGUACAAGGCGUGUACAAACACUACCACUCAGCUAGACUCUCUCUUGCCCACGGCUGGAGUCAUGUCCCUCUUGAAGUUUGGGAUUUACUAUGGAAGAUAUUUUCAGUAGAUGAAUCCGUUAACAUCCAUCGCCUUUCACAUAUCGCACUUCUUGCUCGCGACAUGAGCGAGGCCAGAGUUACCCUGAAUCCCGCUCAGCAGCUUUUAACAAUCGAGGCUGUGUUUGUUGAUGGGUGGGAGUCGAAGGCCAUUGAGAACUGGAAGCGAUGCAUGGGCACGUUGGGCGACGAAAACGCUGAGACAUUUCAAGAGUUCUGGGAGCUUGGUGUGAGAAUGUACUGUCGCACGGGCGAUCUAGACCAGGCGCAGCGAGCCAUUGGCAAGCUGAUCCAAAAACAAUCUGAUCCUCGAAUCCUGAUGCCUCUCAUCCGGACGUGGUCUGAGCUUGGUACAGAAGACGGCAAGGAGAAAGCUUGGGUAGCAUACCGUCAACUGCGCGAGCUUCUGGGUGAACGCAUGGAGCUCGCCGACUACGACCAAGUCAUAUCCUAUUUCCUGACUACGCACCAGACCGAGAACGGCCUAUACGCUUUCGUUGACAUGAUGAGCGAUGGCAAGAUCGACUUGAAGCAGCAAAAACGCCUGCCUUCGGUCGUGGGAAACAAGUUCUUCUUUGGAAAGUGGCUGAAGAGAUUGAUUGGUGCGGGCGACUUGAACGGAGCUCACAGCGUCGUAGAGUUUAUGGGCCAGAAGUGCAUCGAGCCAGCUCCUGUUCAACUGAACGGUCUUAUUGCAGCAUGGCAACGUGCGGGAGGUGUCGAGGACCUCGAGAAAGCGGACAAGAUGGCUUGGGGCAUGAUUGACACUCGAAUUGAAUUCGUUAAGGCCAGGAAAGAAGCCAUGGAUUCACAGGAUGAGCCCCCACGCAAGGGCAAUCCUCAAACUCUACCACGAGCAACGCUGGAGACCUUCUCACUAUUGGCAGAGAACUACCGUCUACGAGAUUUGCACGAUCGCAUCCUCAUACUCUGGGAUGCCUUCCGCGAAGCGGAGAUGAAGGCCGACUCAUUUGUCAUCAACCAACUUCUCGAAUCAUACAUUCAAGCAGGUCAAUUUCAACAAGCCUUGGAAUUAUACCAAACGCUCGUGGUGGAGAAGGGCGUCGAGCCUGACCCUUUCACGUUUAGCGCACUGUGGAAGACCCUUUCUGUCAACCGACUGCACACCGCAGCUGGCCCUAUCGCUGGUCAGGUCGAGCAAACCCGAGCUAUGUUUGCCGAGACAAUCAAGUUUCAGCACAUCUUUCUGCCUGACGGUAUGGACGGUCAGCUCGCUCGCAAGAUCCUACACACAUUCCGUCGUAUCAAGGAUAACGUCGGUCUUGUUGUGGCGUUGACGACCCUUCGAGAGGGGUUUCGCUUUCUUCCUCCCGAGACGCUUGUCCUUGAGAUGGUUCUUGAAACAACGAAAUUAGCAUGGGAUUCUCCCACCCAUCGACGCCGUCUCACGAACGCCAAGCGCGAUCUCGAUCGAAACCUCGCCGCUUCGGCUGGUGGCAAUGGCUCAAGCCUCGAAAACGAGCGUCGUGCUGAAGCUCUGUUCGAAUACCUGCAGAGACAGUACUGGCCUACUGAGGGUGACGAAGCUUACAAGUCAAAAUUAUUCAAAGAGGCGGCGGCGCAGAUGGGAGUGUACGAUUUGUUGAAAAAGAGUGUAAAACAGUAA